ACUGAAAAGGUUGAUUUAAACGGGUUUCUUACGCCUGGAAUAAUGAAAAGGCUCCUGAAAACGCGUUUAAUGAAUAUGCAAGUAAAGACAGUUUUACUGCUAUGUUUGGCCUGUAGUGUAGGAAUAGUUCUUGCUUACGAGUGGAUUCCAAUGUGGAAAAUGGAUACUCAUAACGAUGGCGUCAUGGCAAGAAACGUUUCUGUUACUCCAGAACCGGAAAUUACGGAUUAUAAUCUACACUGGCGUCAUAAAGAUGGCGUGUUUGUAAAACGGGUAAAAAGUGUCGUUGAACAGAAACACGCGCAUGACGAUGUGGUGUCGUCCCUUGAUGUGGACACAAUGGACUGUGACGGAAGGAAGUCCGGUGGCGCACGAGGGGAAGAAUUCACGGAGAUCGGACCGGAAGUGUUUGUGUAUUCGGUAUUUUUCGACGAUCGACCUCGACAGAGGUUUAUCAGAAUGAUAGCUACUUACAAGUACGGAAAAGAUCGAGAUGUUUUAAAUCGAUUCUAUUGUCUUUUUGAGAACGACGUUACAUAUAAUUCCACAUCUUACAUAUCAACUAACAUUUCGUUUUAUGAAAUGUGUGAAAAUCACCGAAAACCGUUCGGCGGGUGGAUAUUGUCGUGCCCUGUUCCACAGGAGUUGAAGUCCAUCCCGUUAUUCAUACGUGUUUACCAGGGAGGCCUAAAGGUAAAUGGAAUAGCCCCAUCAAUCAAAUUAUGUGUUAAAUCAUACGCUAAAAACGUCGAGACAAGAAAACUCAGCUUUGGCGUGUGCGUCCCUCCAAUAUUCGGCGACGUUCGACCCAAAGACGUCAUUGAAUUCAUUGAGCUUAACCGCCUACUAGGUGCUGAAAAAAUUCUAAUUUAUUACGAGGUUUCAGACCACUCUGUGUCAUCUAGUGUCUUACGGGUGUUACGUUAUUACCAGUCCAUGAACGUGGUGCAUCUAAUGACGUGGGGUCUGCCGUUUGACGACAAAAACGUUUGGUACCAUGGCCAAUCGCUGGCGAUUAACGAUUGUCUGUACAGACACAUGAAUGACUUUCACCAUAUUGCCUUCAUCGAUUUAGACGAAAUAAUAGUGCCAAAAGGAGACAGUCAAACAUGGAACGACGUUAUGACAAAUCUUAAAACUACUUAUGGUAAAAAAUUCACAGACGCGAGCGCAUUUAGUUUCAAAACAGCGUUUUUCUCGCCAGAAUUCUCUAGACACGUGUACUCAAACGAACUCGGCACAGUCGUACGCACAAACCGGACUCUGCAUUUCAGCUACAGACGUCACAAGCUCAUUGUCCGCCCCGAACGGAUAUUUGAGCUGGGAAUCCAUCAUGUGUCCCGUUCGUGGCCAGACGACAUUCAGCACGAGAAUCUCGUGGUACCAAAGGAGAUUGCGUUUAUUCACCAUUACCGCGCAUGCGUGCAAGAAUUCGGGAUACACUGCAACAUGCGCUUACAAGAUUUUGGUUUGGCAAACCUUUAUGGAACACAGUUAAAUUACAACGUGUUGAAAAUAAUGAGUAGCAUCCCUAAUUAAAUAAAUUGAGCAUGAUGUGUUCCGGCGUAUACGUGUGGUAUUUGUGGUUUAAUGGCAAAUUAAAUGGGAUUAAUCACAUUAUUUACUUUAUGUUAAGGGCUCAUUCAAGCAAUCGCAUUGCACUCACUAGCGGAUUUAAAAUCGUCCAAGUUUACUUUUUAUGUCAAUA